AUGGAAAAAUUCUCGGCCAAAAAAAAUUCAAAGUCCGAAACAAACUGUCGUCCCGCAGAAACCACUCUGAUUUUUAAUAGUUGUAGAGGAUAUUGCUUUGCAAUAAGUGGUCCUCAAAGCCCUGCACAGUUGGUAGACUUUCUUGUCGAACACACCAAGAAAAUCCAUUCCAGCCCUCACAAUGAUUGGGAAAUCAUCCCUACUGUUGGUAGCACCCAAUCUUGGGACAGUUGUAUCAGAGUGUUCUGUGAUCCUGGUGAUACUAUUCUCGUUGAAAAAUACGCCUUUACUUCCGCUAUGAAAACUGCGGUUCCUAAAGGUGUCAUUACUUUGACCAUGGAAAUAGACUAUUCUGGGAUUAUCCCAGAAAUGCUCGAGGAAAAGUUGGCCAAGAUCAAGAGUUCUGGUGCCAAGUUACCAAAAUUGAUUUAUACCGUUUGA